UAGCAGCAGACGGCUAAUGUGGAGCUAACUGUGAACGGGCUGCUUCGCUGCGUUGACAAGCGUCUAUACCAGGUCCAAAUAAGGUGGAUAGUGCUGCAGGAGUGUGGUCUCCUCCGAGGGACUGAACCCGGCACAUCAAGUGGAGACGGAUGUUUCCUGCAUGGUGUAAUUCCCAUUUCGGACCAUGUGAGACCUGGAUGAUCAGGAGGUCUCAGCAAACACCAUGAACCCUGUGAGCUAUAAAAGUAUGCCGCCAUCAAUGAAUGGCGGACAUCCGAAUUUGUCACUGGACCAUCUAUUGAGCAAAUCCAAUGUGAUGUACUGUGAGAAGUGUGGAUUCGCUUCGACUGAUACUGUUGUGUUUAAGAAGCACAUGAUUGAGCACAUGGGGACAAAGUUUAUUUGUUUUUAUUGCAACAGCGUCUCCUUCAGUGAGGCGGAAUUGAAUGAGCAUUUGAAGCAGCACACUUCCAAAUAUCCAUUUAAAUGUCCCCACUGUGGUCAAGGAUAUAUGAGAAGGCGGUGCCUUAUGAAGCACAUCGAUCGUUUGCAUAGUAAAAAUAUUAGCCAAGGACCUGCUAAGCCUAGUGUGACGAGAAGUCCGUUGGACUCUGUCUCCAGUGCCUUAACAAGUGCACACACUGCUGAUCCUUUACCACUUCGACCUGUUGUGCGGGUGACAGUACCUACUCCUGUUACACCUGUCAUCAGAUUGGGAAGAGAUGAACCAAGAGUGAAAACACUGGACAUCAAUGUACCAAAUGCCUCUAAUGGUAAUGCGGACCACUUCUCCCCUUUGAAUGGACUUAUUCAACACAACAGGGCUCUGACAGUUGCUUUGCCAGAGGAGGUCACAAUCCCUGCGGGCUGCUUGGUUGAACUCGUUGAAGUGAAGACUGUCAACGGGACUAAGGAGCUAAAGUUGAGGCUCAUCUCUCAACAAGAAAAUGGGUCUGUGAUCAAGGACACAAAAGCGACAGUUCCCCAGAACUUUGCACUGGGGAAGCCAUUGUCAUCGACAUUACACCAUCCCAACACGGUGAGGUCUAUGAGCAUGGGCAUGUGCACAGUAAACAGGAAACAGUUUGAACCUAAGAAAGUGAAUGUGGAACAUGCUGCUGUUGUUCCGGUCAGUAUUUCAAACCCUUCUCCGAAUGUUGUCAACAAAGAAAAGAGUGGACUGAAAAGAGCAUCUCCAGAAAUAAUCAACUUGGAGUGCAACACUGUUAUCCCAAGCAAGGUCUCCAAGAGCAUCCAUAAUCCUGUGAGGGAAGGAAACAGCGGGAUCAGACUCUCACAAACGGUACCUGCCAACCACAGUACAGCCGCUCCAUCUGUCAUCUCCAGCAGGAUUGCCAGCAUGAGUAGCAGGGUGAGUACCGCUCUGCAUCCAGCCAGCGUUAGCACAGUUGUUCCCCAGAGACUGGUGGAGGAGAGGAGGAAUACAACCCCGGAACAUUCAAAGGGUAUUCCACCCAGGAGGGCAUCUGACUCAAACAAUAUUCAAGAUAAGUCAGCAGCUGUGAAGGUGGAGCCAGGGGAAAUCCACCGCAAGAGCAACAGUCCUUUAAAAGGAGUAAAAGAGGUGGUGUGCUUGAACCGGCAGAGCACACCAACGUCUAACUCCAUGACUGUUCCUGUAUCUGCAGCUGCGCCAGUGAGACAUCCAGUCAUUUUAACGUGUAAAGACAAUGUUGUGGAUAAAACGUUCCCACGACUAACGACUCUAAACAAACCACCAUCAAUGAAAACACCUGUCCUUCCUAAUCACACUAAUUCAAAAGCCUCUACUUGGACUCAGGAAGUCAGAUCUAAUGUAAUAAGAGAAAGACACGUGCCAAAACCUGAGAGUUUUCCUGUCAUCUCUUCGGUGUUUUCCUUAAGUGAACAGCCUGAGAAAGGCCAAGGGUCCAUGCAGCCACUGCUGAUGGCGCUGCGAGGGAUAGUGAUGGAUAAAAAACCCAGCCCUGGCAGUGCGAAUAAAGACCACGUAACGAUAAGUAAGGGCCCAGAGCAAACAUGUAAGUCUCCAACGUUAAAGCCUAAUGUGGAGGUGCCCACAAAAAAUGGGUCCUUCACCCACGAUGUGAUAUUGACAAAGCAGCCGAGUGAGACUGUAAAAGUAGAAAAGCAGAGUAAUGGGGUUAAGCAAACACCUCAAAACACACAAAGUGAUGUCAGCGUCAAGGAAGAAAAUAGUUCCACUACUAAAACAUUACUCAAUGCGUGUAGUGACGUUCCAUCGUCAAAGUCGCCAGAGUGUGAAAUACCUAAAACAGCCUCCCAGGUAGAGGCAUCUGUGGCCGAAGUUGCGCUACAGCAGACAGACGACGGUGAACCCGUUGUCUCCCCAAAGUUCUUGACCAUCUGUCUGAAACGGGUACAGUUGGGUGUGUGGAAAAAAAGCAAGAAGGGACUGAAAGUUCGAAUAUCCAGAUUUAAGCCUCAGAUACCCGUGGGUAGACUGACUGAUUGUACCGUCAUUUACCCGAUGCCGUUGAAGAAGGACCAGCUGGUGAAACGGCCGGGUCCCAAUCAGCCGGUGGUGGUGCUCAAUCACCCAAAGCCCAGGGUUUCUGCACAGGGGCCGAGAGCAGACACCGUUGCUGACAUGGGGGCCCCUGAAGCGGCUCCAAAGUGCCAAAUAUUAAAAAUGAGGCUAGGCAAAGUGGUGGGACACAAGUAUGAGGUGAUGGGGUGCACGGUCGGAGACUUUCAGUGAAUGUGUCACUCGUCGGUGGACGGGAGUCGUACGUUAAACAGAGAAUAAGUAGUAUUACAAUGGAAAGAUGUCUUUCUUCCACACACUGACAAAAAAUACAAAGGAAAUUAUUUUCUUAACAGGACUGUAAAAUCCCAAACGUAUGGACAUCAGCAACAUUGUCUUAAAUGUAUUAUAUGUAAUAUUAAAGUGCAAUCCAGUUAUACUGCUUUGGAGCAGAAGUUCUGGCUCGUGUGAGACUGAGUAACACAGAUGUUAAAUACUGUUUCAGACGUUUGAGAAACCAGUAGAUCUGUCAAAGGUAUUAAUACGUUUUUUUUUUUUUAUUAUUUAAACGGCCAACUUUUUAAUUAAAAUCACUAAUAAUCAGCUGAUGCCCUCAAGUAGCCUCCUAAAGUGUCUGGUACAGGAGGAAGUAAUUGAUUUAUGUGUAUGAUGCCAUUUCUUAUGGGUCAUGUUCACAUGAAGUACAUGUCCUUUUUAUUUCACUUUAAAUUUACUGAAGUGGUUAUCUGCAUUUUACUUCACGAGUUCUCAUUCACAACUUUCUAAAAUGCUUUGCACAGCUGGUGUAACAGGUUUUCAAAAUGCCGCCAGAUAGACAUCAGUCGUCGUGUGAGCUGCAGGGGAUUUUCACCUUCAGGCCAUCUCUGAAAACUUGUCUUUGGAAAAAUAUUUAAAUGAUCCACUUAACAGUUGCUCAACUGUCAGUGAACAAUUCGUCAAAUGUAACGGACCAAUGAAACAAUCGCUUUAACGUAUUGAUAGUAGAAUUGAGGCACAUACUCCCUUUUUAUUAAGUUUGAUCAUAUUAGUGAGUUGUUGUACUUUAAACUUGAGUAUUGUGGAGUACGUCUGGUUUACCACUGGUAUUUAUUAUUGUUGAACAUUGUUGUCCGUGGAUUUGAACAUUUCAAAUCUUGCCUGUUCACAAAAGACGGAUGAAAAGCUGCAAGUAGAACCUGGAGUAUUUCUAAAGGUCCAGAAGGUGUAAAAACGCAGUACAAAAGGGAUCUCAAUGGCCAUUUUUCAAAGUCUCAAACAGUCAUUGUGUUUGUUGUUGUUGUGUGUGUUUUUUUCUUUUUUAAAUUAUACAAUUUGUGUGAAUUGAUGUACAAAUGUAAUCUUUUGUUUUUAAAGGGUUUCUUUUGAAUUGAAAUAUGUAAUUAGUCAAACAGGAAUUUUGCACUUAACUUAUUUGACUUUUUUAUCCUAUAAAAUAGUAACUCCCAAAACAUCGUUUUAAGUCUUAAAUGUAUCCCUUUUGAUUGGCGUUCGGUCCGCAGCCACAACCCAACGACGCGUCAGAAACCAACCCUUCAUGGUUUUUCUCUAAAAGAAAAAAGAAAGCCCUGCCCUUGUCUGUUUUUGUAUUUUUCCUGCCAUAAAGACACUUGAUGCCCACGGUGAUUCCUCAGCGUUCACUAUGUGUUUGUAUAUUUUUCAAAAGCAUCAAAUGGACAUGGUUUUCAGUCCUGAUACUUUGCAGAUCUGUUUCUCAUCUAAAGGCAGCAUUAAGACACCAGUGUGUGUCCUCGUUCAUAAUAUCUUGUAUAAGGUGCUAGACCUAUGAUAAUACUUAUAGGUUUUGGUUGCCCACAGCUAUUGGCUGUGGGAUGUGUUCUUUUUUCUUUGUUUGGGGGACCAUUUUAAUAUUUUAUUGUAAAUAUACCUAUAAAUAUAAGACAUGACAACUGAUGUAUAGACUUGGUAGGAAAUGGCGGCCUGUGCGCCUCAUUUGCUUUCCUUACACUGCAGUAUGUGAAGCUGCUGUGCAGUCCCUGUCAUAUAUUAUUAAUAUUGUUAUUAUUUUAAAGAUCCUUAUGAGCAUUUGAUCUAGUCUUGAAGUCACUUCUCAUUUGUGCAAGAGUCCCAUUCCAGUAAAAGGUGAUUUUCGGUUUUGGUUAUUACAUCCUCACUGUUCAUUAUCAUUGUGAUCAAAUGCUUUUAUAAUAACAAUUGUGUAACCCAUUUUUUUUCUAUUAAAAACAGGGGAAAUAUAA